GCGCGCAAACUAUCCAUCGCGUGCACUGUUUUCGCCAUGGCGUCCAGAAGAGUGCGUGAGAACCGCGAGAAUCAAUUCUACGAUGUUGGAGUCCAGGGAAGGAAGACGGGAAUCACGCUUGAAGACAAGGGUGUGCGCGACGAACAUGGUUUGGAGCCUCUCUCUGGAAUCUUCUCCUCCCCGCAAAAGUCCCCGCCAAAGCCAUCAGCCCUGGACCCUUCUGGAGGCACCGUGACAGACUCAGAGUCUAUGGAUAUACAAGAAAGCUCCAUCCCGGACAUCACCACAUCUGCUCACCUUCUCCGUACCUCCAGAACUCAUUUACCCCCGCCAAAAUCCCGAUCACCUAUCAAAACUACUCUGGGGUCGUCCCCACGUCGUCAGUCAUCGAUAGCGCCCCGCGCACGAUCCGCAAACUUGCCUUCGAGUCCUCCCCGAGCAGUCUCCCAUCCUGCAGUCAACCGUCGGCUGGACUUUGUCCAGGAUGAGUCGAGCCUUCAAGAAACACCAGCCCUGAGUGGAUCCGGGCAGCCUCGUGGGAAGCGCCCAAGUGUAUAUGAUAUCGAAGAUUCGCCAAGUCGGGCCAAUAGUAUUACCCUCGAGGAAUCCAUACAGGAAGAAAUAACAGCCGCAGAGGAUCCUGUUGAUCUUGGAGAAGAAUACAUGGGCGAGGAGAGCUACAUGUCUGAUAUCGGACAGGACGUUGAUGCGGAAAUUACAGAUGAAGUCACCCAGGAAGCCGAAGACACCGAGCUCAUUCCCGACCCUCCAAAACUGCCAGGCAAGAGAGGAAGGAAGCGGAAGUCGGAGGUUGUGGAGCCACCCAUGCCAGAGCCGGUAACCAAAACUCGUCGACGGGGAGCUCCUUUAAGAGAAAGUUUGGAGAAGCCAAAGAAAAACUCGAAGACUGCCGCAGCCGGGCCAGCAUCCGAACCACGACGGUCCAAGCGCGUUUCCGAGCAUACAGAAGAAGAAUCAAACGAGCCGUCAACAACAACAAUAACGGAUAUCGACACUUCAUUGGCCCAGCCAAAACGGCGGGGGCGACCUCCGAAAAAUGGGUCACAGCCUGAAAAGGCCCAGGAAUCUGUCACCAUGAAACAAAAACCAAAGUCGAACCCGAAGUCGGGCACCGAAGAACCGGUUUUCAAGAAACCAAAGUCUGCUGCAAGGCCUCCAAAAGAGCCGGCCAAGAACCCUACCUCCAAUGGACUUGCUCAGAACGAUCUAGAUCAGCCUGUAGAGAACGGCAAAUUUGUCGAUGUGCACGGCAACCCUAUCUCCAAGGCUGAUAUUGAUCAGAUGUCGACCACGUCGGCAGGAUCCAGAUUUGCUCGAGGUAGAUAUCUUUCAGUAUUCCGCGAGCUGGAGCCACAAGACGUUGCACUCCCUUCUCGAACAGGGAGGCACCGUGUCCAGCCUAUUGAAUUUUGGAAAAACGAAAAAUGUUCCUACGACUCCGAAGGCAACAUGCAAGCAAUCGUCAAAAACGAGAUGAAAGAGCCUGUUCGGCCUGCAUAUAGCGGCUACAAAGCGAAAAAGAAAAGAAAAAGGCUACCGGUCAUUGAGGACGACGAGGUGCUUGACCUCGAACCGUGGGAAGAGGAGGAAGGUGUAUUCAAUGGCAUCUUCAAGGACUGGGAUGUCGAAGCUGAAGUGCCUACUAACGAUCUGGUAGAGAGCAAUUUAGCAUGGUCCACCAAAGGCAUUAAUCCUGUCGAUGUAGCAGAUGCCUCUUUUAAGUUCACUAAACUUUCAUCCGCAGGCAGUGAGAGUUUCAUGAGUUGGGGUUUCAUUGAACUCAACGCAGACCAGAUGAAGCGCAGCAAGAACUCAAGACGCAUGCACUUGGUGUUCCAUGUCCAGAGUGGCGCGGUCGAAGUAAAAGUUCACGAAAACGUUUUCACGGUGCAUAGAGGGGGCGUGUGGCAUGUGCCUCGUGGCAACACAUACAGCAUGAAGAAUGUUGGCAGCGCCACCAGUCGCAUAUUCUUCGCCCAAGCUUUCGAGUCGCGCGCUGAAGCUGAAUAA